AUGUGCAAGGAGUCCACACCACAUAGACCACCACCAUGUGCAAGCAGUCCACACCCACAUAGACCACCACCAUGUGCAAGCAGUCCACACCCACAUAGACCACCACCAUGUGCAAGCAGUCCACACCCACAUAGACCACCACCAUGUGCAAGCAGUCCGCACCCACAUAGACCACCCCCAUGUGCAAGCAGUUCACACCCACAUAGACCACCACCAUGUGCAAGCAGUCCGCACCCACAUAGACCACCAUCAUGUGCAAGCAGUCCGCACCCACAUAGACCACCACCAUGUGCAAGCAGUCCACACCCACAUAGACCACCACCAUAUGCAAGCAGUCCACACACACAUAGAUCACCACCAUUUUCAAGCAGUCUUCACCCACAUAGACCACCACCAUGUGCAAGCAGUGCACACCCACAUAGACCACCACCAUGUGCAAGCAGUCCAUACCUGCAUAGACCACCACCAUGUGCGAGCAGUUCACACCCACAUAGACCUCCACCAUGUGUAAGCAGUCCGCACCCACAUAGACCACCACCAUGUGCAAGCAGUGAACACCCACAUUGGCCACCAUCAUUUGCAAGCACCUCACACCCACAUAAACCACCACCAUGUGCAAGCAGUCCACACCCACAUAGACCACCACUAUGUGCAAGUAGUCCGCACCCACAUAGACCACCACCAUGUGCUAGUAGUCCGCACCCACAGACACCACCACUAUGUGCUAGCAAUCUGCACCCACAUAGACCACCACCAUGUGCAAGCAGUCCGCACUUGCAAAGACCACCACCAUGUGCAAGCAGUCCACACCCACAUAGACCACCACCAUGUGCAAGCAGUCUGCACCCACAUAGACCACCACCAUGUGCAAGCAGUCUGCACCCACAUAGACCACCACCAUGUGCAAGCAGUCUGCACCCACAUAGACCACCACCAUGUGCAAGCAGUCUGCACCCACAUAGACCACCACCAUGUGCAAGCAGUCUGCACCCACAUAGACCACCACCAUGUGCAAGCAGUCUGCACCCACAUAGACCACCACCAUGUGCAAGCAGUCUGCACCCACAUAGACCACCACCAUGUGCAAGCAGUCUGCACCCACAUAGACCACCACCAUGUGCAAGCAGUCUGCACCCACAUAGACCACCACCAUGUGCAAGCAGUCCACACCCACAUAGACCACCACCAUGUGCAAGCAGUCCGCACCCACAUAGACCACCACCAUGUGCAAGCAGUCUGCACCCACAUAGACCACCACCAUGUGCAAGCAGUCUGCACCCACAUAGACCACCACCAUGUGCAAGCAGUCCACACCCACAUAGACCACCACCAUGUGCAAGCAGUCUGCACCCACAUAGACCACCACCAUGUGCAAGCAGUCCACACCCACAUAGACCACCACCAUGUGCAAGCAGUCUGCACCCACAUAGACCACCACCAUGUGCAAGCAGUCCACACCCACAUAGACCACCACCAUGUGCAAGCAGUCCGCACCCACAUAGACCACCACCAUGUGCAAGCAGUCCACACCCACAUAGACCACCACCAUGUGCAAGCAGUCCACACCCACAUAGACCACCACCAUGUGCAAGCAGUCCACACCCACAUAGACCACCACCAUGUGCAAGCAGUCUGCACCCACAUAGACCACCACCAUGUGCAAGCAGUCCACACCCACAUAGACCACCACCAUGUGCAAGCAGUCUGCACCCACAUAGACCACCACCAUGUGCAAGCAGUCCACACCCACAUAGACCACCACCAUGUGCAAGCAGUCUGCACCCACAUAGACCACCACCAUGUGCAAGCAGUCCACACCCACAUAGACCACCACCAUGUGCAAGCAGUCUGCACCCACAUAGACCACCACCAUGUGCAAGCAGUCCACACCCACAUAGACCACCACCAUGUGCAAGCAGUCCACACCCACAUAGACCACCACCAUGUGCAAGCAGUCCGCACCCACAUAGACCACCACCAUGUGCAAGCAGUCCACACCCAUAA